AUGCUUAGCAAUAUUGAUAACACCCAAAUUAACAAGUUGCUCGAUAGGUUAAAUGACGAUGAGCUGAGAAGGUUAAUAAAAUACAAUGUGGACAAAAGUUCAACAUUAGCCUUCUAUUGUGAAAAGAACAAUCUGAAAUUAACAGUGGAGGAAUCCAUUAUUAUAGAUCCAGGUACAAGUCCAACUAUAGUAUGCAAUAAGAAACUAAUAACGGACCUGAAACCAACAUCGUUGGAGAUAAGUGGCAUAAGUAGUGAACUGGUUGGUGUUGAAUUUGGAACCAUGACUUUGAGGCUGGAAAAUGAUGACAUAAUUGAAAUAACCAAUGCAUUGUACGCACCCUCGUCUAAAUGUAAUUUAUUAGCUAUAGAUGUCUUUAAGGAACAUGGAUAUGAAGUUGCUUACACACUGAAUGGUGUAUGUAUGUUAAGAGAUGCAUUUUUAAACGCUACUCCCAUUGGGACACAGGUAGAAAACAAAUUAUAUUUCUAUGACCAAAUGAUAUUGAUUGACGAGAAGUUUACAACUGUACAGGCUUUCCCAGCACAAGACAUCUCAGGAUUCUAUGCUCAAGCUUCACCUUACUCAUCAGUAGUAAAAUUCAUAACAAAUGAAGACUUUGACUCAACAUCGGAAAAAAUAAGUAGCAAUAUAAAAAGGGAAUCAAAUCCCUUCUAA